GGAGACUAUUCAAAACUAUCCGAUGACAAGGUCGAUGGGAUUAUCGCCUGGUACACGGCCUCCGAGGAAAAUCAUAGUCUGCCCUAUCGUAGGGUGAUUCAGGAGUUUGGGCUGGGAGUUUCUGAGGAUAUACUGGUUCCUGCGCUUAGGAAGAGGGGGUAUUGGCGUCGUAAGGCUAUGGGGAAUGCGAAGAAAAAAGUAACUGUAUUGAGGACUAGUAGCGGAUCGGGGCCGGCGCGUGAAGCGCCAGGGACAGUUACUUGA